UCUUCGAGUCACUCGUUCCUGGGGCGGGGCGGAAGUGGUUCUGCGUGGUGCAUUGUGGGGACUGUGGUUCCGGUGAGCAGAACUGAAGCUCCCACAACACCCGAGCAGCAAGUCGGAAUUGACACUUAACGCGGACCCAUAAUGAGAGACAAGCAGAAGCGGCGUAGGGAGCGGACAUGGGCGGAAGCAGCGAGGAUGGUUCUGGAGAAUUAUUCUGAUGCCCCAAUGACUCCAAAGCAGAUUCUAAAUGUCAUUGAAAGCGAGGGGCUAAAAGAAACCAACACUGGCACCUCUCCCCUUGCCUGCCUAAAUGCCAUGCUGCACUCUAACUCCAGAACUCGAGAGGCACUCUUUUACAAACUUCCAGGGCGCAUCAGUCUUUUCACAAUGAAGAAGAAUGCACUGCAGUGGUCUCGUGCCAUGCCCUUGCCAGAGGAUGGUGACACAGAGGAUACAGAAGGAGGAAAAUGGAAUGAAGGCAAAGUGACAGCUGCUGGUGAGAAUGAAGAAGCGUGCAUCAGUGCCUCGUGUUCCAGAGAAUUGCACUGCAGGGAGACAAGGUCCCUGGUACAGAUGAAUAAGCAGAAGAGGAGAAGUGCUGUUCUCCUCCCUCGUGUAGUGCUGACACCACUGAAAGUCAAUGGAGCACAUUUACCUUCUACUUCAGGGUUAUCUGUGCAUCAUGGCAGCCGAGAGUCCAGCCGAGUCCGUACAGCAGGAGGAGGGUUGAGUUUUCAGAGGAGAGCAGCAUUCAGUAGAGAUGGGACUCAUCAUUUAAGGGGAAUUCGCAGCCCUGGGCCAGGACAAAUGAAAAGGAGCAGGGUAGAGGAAAUAGAUUUUGAGACCCCAGGGUCUAUUCUUGUGAAUACAAACCUUCGUGCUCUGAUCAACCUGCGAACCUUCAGUGCUCUUCCAAACAAUCUCCAGCAGCAGUUACUGCUCCUUCUGCCUGAUGUCGAUCGACAGGUUGGUGCAGAAGGGCAGAUAAGGAUGAGCACCAGUGCACUGAACAAUGAAUUCUUUGCCCAUGCUUGUCAGAGGUGGCGAGAGAGAUUGGCAGAUGGGGAAUUCAUGCCCGAGAUGCAGCUGCGGUUACGACAGGAGAUGGGCAGAGAGAAGAAAAUUGAAGACUGGAAAAAAAGGUUUUUUGAAGAAUUUUAUGGACAAAAAUUGGGGCUUACUGAUGAACACUUAUCAGACGAAGGGGAGAAGAAUGGGCAGUCCACCCAGAGAGUGCUACGCAGUGCCCAGGUGAAGGUGACUGAGGCUCAGCCUAAGAAUUUGUCUGUGGCGGUAAUGGAUAGGAGAAACAAAAAUCCCAGAGGAAAGAAAGAAAAAGAAGAAAAUGUGGAAAUUCAUUAUGUGAGCACAGAGAUUAAAGAGUCUUCCUUGCCACCUCUGAAAGGAUCAGACACUCAGCCUCUGGGUGUUGAGGCAUAUAUUCCUCCCAAUGGUUCCCAGAGCCUCCCUGCUUUCCCUGACAGAGUCCCAGAACCUCAUCCACAGAGUUCUGAACAAAAGCGAAAAAUUGAGACAGAGCCUCAUAGCCCCUCCAUCGAAAAGAAACCCCGAAUGGAGCAGCGUCGGUCCUUUCGUAACACAAUUCAAAACGUUCACACAGAAAAGCCACAGCCCACCAAAGAAGAACCCAAAGUCCCUCCAAUUCGGAUCCAACUUUCUCGGAUCAAGCCUCCCUGGGUUUAUAAAGGUUUGCCAGCUCACCAGUUCUAUCCCCGGAUCAUCCCAAACCCUGAUCCCCCUGGGGGCCGGCCUCCUCCCCGCUCACCUCCUGACAGUCAAACCAGUUCAAUUGGGGGAGGAGGUGGUCCGGGAGGAGGCAGAAAGUAUAAGGCAAGAAGCGAAACCAGAAAGCGAAAAGUCAGAAAACCCACAAAGAGAAAACCUGGAAAGCCACUUGCAAGUUUGUGCAGAACACAAUUACUGUCGCCAGCAGCCGCGAGGAACAGUUUAACAAAAGCCACUGGGAAACUUGGUGCCAGGAGCAGUUGUUACUCACUCAUCAGGACUCUGCUGAACACUUCAGUACACUCUGUAACUGGCAAGGUCAAAGAAUUCAGCGUGGCUGGAGCUUUUAAACUAGAGCCCAUGUGUGAAAUCCUUGAAAAUGAACUGUUUCUAUUAGAGAUUUGUGAUGCCCUUUGGGCAUAUGACCAGGGCAAUGGCCACGAUAGAGACUCUGUGCAACCAAGUAAUGUAACCCUUGUCCAGAGGGAAUCUAAUUUAAACUCUUCUCCUGCUGUUGAUAUCACCAGGUCUGUACCUUUUAAAGAAUCUAGUAAUGGCAACCAUGUUGAUUCUCUGUCCAUGGUUCUUGGUGAUGUAUCCAAUAUUUUACAGAACAGAAGAAAGCCGCUUACAUUAAAAGGAAAACAAAUGUUCUGCACCCUAAAUAAAUGUAAAAUUUCCUUCCCAGAAAAGUUGCCUUCUGUAUCACAGCCUAGGGACAACUUGUCAUAUAGAAAUGUACAAAAACCCUUUCCGUCUGCCAUGAAAGUUAGGAUUUGCCCUAAGACUUCGACUGGAAUAGCCGAUUCCUGUGCAAAGAUUGAGUUCCUGUGUCCCAGACCUAAAACUCUUCUAGGAUCCAGUUCUAGAAUCCUCUCCAAGAUUCCAGCUCUACAUAGCGAAGAACAACAUCUUCGUGAUCACCCAAAACCAGCAGCCCGUGUCCUGCCAAUUGGACACACAACACAGUGGGGUAAUCUGAAUGGCCGCAAGCCAUUCUCUCUUCCUAUUUAUAAAUCUUCUGGAGAUUUAAACACAAAGGGUCCUAAUUUUAAGAGGUGGAAUUUUCAGGCUCAUUCAGGCACCUUGACAGAAGAGGCCUCUUCUGUAAGUGCACCAUCAAUCCCUGGGCUCCCAAAUGAAGACCCUUAUUCAUGCCUGGCUCUUCUCGCAGCUGAAAAGAUAAAGAGACACAAGCUGGCCUGGCACUGCCCUUCUUUGACAAGAUACCUGCCUGUUGCCUGCAGCUAAAGUGUAUGGCGUACCACACUGUGCAUUUCUUAGGAGAGCUGUACAAAGAUUCGUUCCCAUCUGAUCUGUGCUCCGCAGCAUUCUCAAGGAGGGUCGGAUUGGUGCCAAUCUUCCAGUAAAGCUUCAACAUUAACCCUGUGGCAGAAUUUCAUGCGAUCUGUAUUUGUAGAAGAGGCUGCUGUGCCGCCGCAUGGCACCAAUUCUUGCAGUUCUUUUCCCUGGGUUUUCAGUAAGUACGUGCCUCUUUCUCUGAAUGAGUUUGUAGAGCAUGGAGAAGAGAUCCCUGCAAUGAUUCUGCAGCCAACAAGCCAUGAGCAUGUGCAAAGGGUGUUUGGGCCCUCUGUCCCACUGACUGUAGCACCUUCUGAGCUCUGUGUUUUGUGCCUUGUCAUAAAAAUGCCAGUGGCUCUGGGACAGCAAAUAGUCACGCCGGUGUUUUCCAUUGAUCUCAGCCUGGAACUGUAAAUAACAUAUUCUUUCACUUUGUUAGACAUAUAAGUGCAGAUAAAGAUGCUUCAGCUAUUUCUAGUAUUAAUCUCUUCAAUGGGGCAUUGUUGGACCUGCCUUGCUAAUGUCACCUCUGCAUGGUGGGCUUAACUGCUAGUUGGGGGGGGGGGGGAGUCCAUCCUUUGUUCUGCAUGGACAGUAUUUCUUCAAAGAGGAGGAGACAUUUUAGGAUUGAACGGGUAAUCACUGUUUUUGUAUAAAGUAAAAUAUUUGGCUCCUGUAAGCACCUUCUGCAUUCCAAUGUAUUUAUGUUGUAAACUCUAUAAAUGUAUAUUCUGUAUAGAUGGCACCCUUGUCUUGUAUGCACCUAACCUCUCAAUAAACGUGUUCUACAUUCA